AUGGCCAGCCUAUCCACCUUCCUGCGCUAUCUGCGCCUCAAACUCCUGGUCUCCUUCUACAGGCUCAUCGUCAGAAUCUUCGCAUCGCCCCCGAGGCCUCGUCCUGACUCCGUACUAAGAAUUCCAUCACGCGAUAAAGGCCGCACUAUCAAAGCGCAUCUUUAUAAACCGUCGGGGCAGUACGCAGGAAGCAAGGGUCCCCAUCGAGUCUUGCUCAACUUUUACGGCUCCGGCUUCGCAAUUCCCCUCUAUGGCGCCGACGACAGUUUCUGCCGGUUCAUCGCUACAACCGCCGGCUACGUCGUCCUGGACGUCGAGUACCGACUCGCACCCGAGUACCAAAUUCCCGCGGCGGUCCACGACGUCGAGGACGCGGUUAAAUACGUGCUUGAUCGGCCGCAGGAGUACAGCACCUCACAAGUCUCCGUGUCCGGGUUUUCAUCAGGCGGUACCCUUGCGCUCGUGGCACCAACACUGUUUCCUCCUGGCACCUUCCAGUCGACCAUUGCCUUCUAUCCUGCGACGGAUCUCGCUAGGGACCCGAGCGUGAGGAAGGCCCCAGCCCUGCAUGCGAAGCCGCGAUCGCCGUUCUGGACAAGGAUCUUCCGGGAAGCAUACAUAGGGACCAUGGAUCCUCGAGAUCCGAGGAUCUCGCCAGCGUAUGCUGAUGCAUCUAAGUAUCCUGCUAAUAUGCUUGUUGUAACAGCGGAGUUGGACUCUUCGGCGCUCGAGGCGGAGGACUUGGCGAAGAAGGCCGAGAUGGAAGGCGUAGCAAGUGGCAGGAAUGUGGUUAUUCGGAGGAUGAAAGGUUGUGGUCAUGCAUUUGACAAGAAGAACGCGGAUGGGAAUUGUGUCCAGGCGCGGGAUGAGGCUUAUGGUCUUGCUGUGGAUAUGUUGAAGAAGGUCGCAGGCGAGAGUGGUUGA